AUGAACAGCGCCUCCGAAUUGGAGCAUGUCCGCGGGGUUUGGGAACGAACCAAGAAUGACAGUCCCAUCUAUCGCUUUCUUCUAUCCGAUGUUGAUAUCAUCAAUGCAACUCGGGGUCAGAUGCAAGCCCGACUCAAACUCACUGCGGAACACGUCAAUUCCCGUGGCACUAUCCACGGCGCUGUGUCAGCCGCCAUCGUCGAUUGGGCUGGCGGUAUGUCGAUAGCCACUCAUGGAUAUGAGAAAACAGGCGCCAGCGUUGAUAUUCACAUUUCAUACCUGUCAACUGCAACCGUUGGAGACACCCUGGACAUCUUAGCUGUUGCGGACCGGGUGGGAAAGUCAAUGGCUUUCACGACGGUCAAAAUCUCCCGAGUCGUCGAUGGUGAAGUGGGCCCGUUGGUCUCGAGGGGUUCGCACACGAAAUUCCUGCCUGUAUCUAAAGAGAAUCGCGUUAAGAGUUGA